AUGAAGCAGCAACAGCAGCCGCAGCCCCCCCAGCCCCAGCCGCCGCCCUCCGCCAGCGCGGGGGUCCCGGCCUUCCUUAGCAAGUUGUGGGCGCUGGUGAGCGAGGCCCCCAACAACCGGCUCAUCACCUGGAGCCAGAAUGGCAGGAGUUUCUUGGUGCUGGAUGAACAGACAUUUGCAAAAGAAAUUCUUCCCAAGUACUUCAAGCACAACAACAUGGCAAGCUUUGUCAGACAGCUAAAUAUGUAUGGCUUUCGUAAAGUUGUCCAUGUUGAUUCUACGAUUGUCAAGCUGGAACGAGAUGGUCCAGUAGAAUUUCAGCACCCUUAUUUCAAGCAAGGCCGGGAGGACUUGUUGGAACACAUUAAAAGGAAGGUUUCUUCUUCAAAACCUGAAGAGAACAAGAUACGUCAGGAAGAUCUCUCCAAAAUAAUAAGUAGUGCUCAAAAGGUGCAAAUUAAACAAGAGACUUUUGAAUCUCACUUGUCUGCUUUGAAGAGGGAGAAUGAAUCCCUUUGGAGGGAAGUGGCAGAACUGAGAGCAAAACACUUGCAACAACAGCAGGUUAUUCGAAAGAUUGUACAAUUUAUUGUUACCUUGGUGCGCAAUAACCAACUAGUGAGCCUGAAACGCAAGAGGCCUCUCCUUCUGAACACUAAUGGACCUACCAAGUCAAAUGUAUUUCAGAAAAUUGUGAAAGAACCAGCUGACAAUAAUCACCAUGUACCUCUCAAGAGAAAUGAGGGCUUAAAGCAAAGGGAACAGAUUUCAGAUGACAUCAUUAUUUAUGAUGUCACUGAGGACGUGGGUAGUGAAGAAAAUCCCAUGGGCGAUGAAGAAAGUCUUCCUGUUACACCAGAAGCAAGUGAAGAUACUUCAGAUUCUUCCAACUGUAGUCGUUCUCCUGAUAUUGUGAUUGUGGAAGAUGAUAAUGAGGAAGAGGACGCCCCUGUCAUUCAAGGGGAUAGAAGCACUGAAUCUGUUUCUGUGCCAGCUCAUGAUCCCCUCAGCCCUGCCAGUGACAGCACAAGCCCACUCAUGUCAAGUGCUGUGCAGCUGAAUAACCAGUCAACUUUAACUGCAGAAGAUCCAGUGUCGAUGAUGGAUUCCAUACUCAGUGAGAACGGAGUCAUUUCACAGAAUAUAAAUCUCCUUGGAAAGGUUGAACUUCUGGAUUAUCUUGACAGUAUUGACUGCAGCUUAGAGGACUUCCAAGCUAUGUUAUCAGGACGACAGUUCAGCAUAGAUCCAGAUCUCCUGGUUGAUCUUUUUACAAGCUCCGUGCAGGUGAAUCCCACAGAUCAUAUUGCUAAUACCAAAAUGGAGACAAAGGGCUUAGAAACUACCAAGAAUAAUGCUGGUCCAGAGGCCUCACAGGAAACAGAACUUUCCAAGCCCAAAUCAGAUAAGCAGCUGAUCCAGUACACAGCAUUUCCACUCCUCGCCUUUUUUGAUGGGAACCCAGGCUCUGACUUGGAGAGCGGGAGCUCUGCAGGUGGAACCCCUUCCUCUGCUGGCAAAGCCCCAGAAAUGGACGAGCUCCUGGAGAGCAGCCUGGACCCUGAGCCCACCCAGAGCAAACUGGUGCGGCUGGAGCCGCUGACAGAGGCUGAAGCGAGUGAAGCCACGCUGUUCUACCUGUGUGAACUUGCCCCAGCACCCAUGGACACAGACAUGUCCUUCUUGGAUAACUAAUGCCAUGGGGACUCUGUACAUAGUCAUGAAGAUGAACUAUUUAUUUAGGA